AUGAUAAUACGACUAAACAUCAUUAAAAUGUCAAAUUAUUUCAUAGUUGAUGAUGAAACCGGUCAUAAUUACGGGUCAAAGUUUAAUUCAUUGUCAAAGUCUAAUGAAGAUCGGGAUAUAUCUGACAGUAAAUUUGUUACAAAUAUUCGCCUAGGACGCAUUACAUUCAACCGACCGAUUGCAGAUUGGGAUUCUCUCCUGUGUAGGAAUGACAGCACGAAUAUUAAGAAUGGUCGAAGUUGUUCAAAGUCGCGAUUUUGUUGUACUAAACAACGGUGCAAAUCGUACUCAUUGUACUGUCUAAUGUCUAUUCUACCAUGUAUUAAUACACUACUGCACUAUAAUUGGCGGUCGGAUCUAUUGAAGGAUAUUUGUGGUGGCUUGACUAUAGGCGUUAUGAAUAUUCCACAAGGUAUGGCGUAUUCAUUACUUGCCGGUUUACCACCAGUCUAUGGUUUGUAUGUAAGCUUUCUAAGUCCUUUGUUCUAUGCAAUAUUUGGACGUUGUGCGCAACUGUCGAUGGGUACAUUUGCUGUUAUCAGCCUACUGAUUGCUGGACCUAUUGAACAGUUUAGUUCAAAAGUUGAGUUACAUUACCGUAAUUCUAUUAUAAACACCAACUUUACAAACGCCGACCUUACAAUGGAUGACAAGCUAAAAUUGAGUGUUGAGCCAAGGUUAUUAGUAGCAAUAACACUAACAUUUCUUGUUGGAAUUAUGCAGCUUAUCAUUGGGUUCUGUCAACUGGGUACGCUUACAUCGUAUUUAGCUCCAGCAAUGGUGUCUGGUUACACAUCUGGUUCAGGAUAUCACGUACUCAGCAGUCAGAUUAGCUCGUUAUUCGGUGUGAAAGCUGCUAAAAAGUACCAAGGACCUGGAUCUUUUUUCUGGUUAGUUAUUAUCACUGUGAUUGUUGUUUCAAUUUUACUUUAA